AUGGAGAGCAGGACUGCACCAGAUAUUCCAGGAAUUCGACAACCGGCCAAUGUAACGCAGGAUAUUCGUAUGCUCAUUUCAAAGCUUUUAAACUCACCAAAACCUGCUAAGACGUUUCCAGGAUCGCAACCUGUGUCAUUUCAGCAUUCGGACAUUGAGGAUAAGUUGUGUGGGCAAGACUACUAUGUGUGUGAAAAGACGGAUGGAAUUAGAGCAUUGAUGCUCGUUGUAAUAAAUCCAGUUACGAAGGAACAAGGCUGCUUCAUUAUAGACAGAGAAAACAAUUAUUUUUUAGUGAGUGGGUUCCGAUUCCCAAGGCUUCCACGUCAGUCGCGGAAGGAAUUAUUAGAAACAUUUCAAGAUGGGACUUUGAUUGAUGGAGAACUGGUUUUGCAAACGAAUCCUGUAACAAAACUGAAAGAAAUGCGCUAUCUGAUGUUUGACUGUUUGGCUAUCAAUGGAAGGUGCAUAGUGCAAUCACCAACGAGUUCGCGGCUUGCACAUCUUGGAAAAGAAUUUUAUAAGCCUUACUAUGACUUGAGGUCGCUGUAUCCAAAGCAUUGCGAGACUUUCCCGUUCAAAAUAUCCAUGAAGCACAUGAAUUUCAGCUACGAUUUAAUGAAAGUAGUGAAUUCUCUUGAAAGUUUACCGCAUGUGUCGGACGGUCUGAUCUUCACGCCGGUUAAUACGCCGUACAACGUUGGAGGAAAAGACUCACUUUUACUGAAGUGGAAACCCGAAGAAGAAAACAGUGUCGAUUUCAAAGUCAUUUUAGAAAUUCCGAUCGCGGAAGAUACAACAACACCCAAAAACGAUCCUAGCAGAUUUUAUUUUAAUUACGAUGUCAAACCUGCUUUUCAACUUUAUAUUUGGCAAGGCGGUGCUGAUGUCAACAACAGACUGCACACCUUCGACCAGCCAUUUUCCAAAAAAGAACUAGAAAUCUUAGAGAGGACGUAUAAGAAAUUCGCAGAGCUCGAAAUUAGCGAUGAACAAUGGCAUGAAUUGAAGAAUCUGGAUCAGCCGCUAAAUGGGAGAAUAGUUGAGUGUUCAAAGGAUCAGGAAAGCGGAGCUUGGAGACUAUUAAGAUUCCGAGAUGACAAACUCAAUGGUAACCAUGUUUCAGUUGUACAAAAGGUGUUGGAAAGUAUUAGCGAUUCUGUUAGAGUCGAGGAUUUGCAAGAAGCCAGUAGCCAAAUGAAACAAGGUUGGGUUGAUAGGCAUGAUGUCAAAAAGCGACCUUUUCAGGAAAUAAACGCUCAACCCCAGCGCCCUGUUGAGCCCGCUGGCCCGCCCACUGACCAACCGCGUUAUGUGGAUGACGAGGAAGACAACUGGUCGGAAGAAAUAGAAGAAGCAAUGGCUGAACCCAAAAAACAGAAAACCUGA